AUGCACGCUAGCGCACAGUGGUCAGAAAAAGGCUCAGGGAGAGCAAUAUUUCAUAAGCAUAUAUACAUUGUAGAGAGAUGAUUUUUCUACCUUCUGUACCCUGAGCGUUAAACAAAGUAGGACUAAAAUCGGGACCGAAAAAACGUUUCGAAAAUAGCGAUAAUUUCGGAUAAACGGUGUUCGGAAUAGCUGUGUUUAAAUGAAGAGAGCUGAUUUUUCUUACUUUUGUACCCUGAGCGUUUUUUCUAUCUCCUGUACCCUGAGCGUUAAACAAAGAAAUUGAGGUCAUCCGAAUGGACGAGGAAAAGGCGCACGCGCACGAGAAUGGUUCCGUGGCAACCAAGCCUCUCACAGGCCCGGUCAAAAUUGAGGACGAAUCGGAAGACUCGGACUGUCCGCUUGUCUACAAGAUCAGCGAUCGACCGCCCGUACACCUUAUUAUAUUCUUCGGUUUCCAGCAAGCCGUGAUCUCUAUCGCCCAUCAGCUGGUCGUGUCCCUCCUCGUGGCGGAAGUCGUCUGCGCGUCGAACGACAGCGCGUUCAAGGCACGGCUGCUUAGCUCCACCCUCUUCAUGACCGGGUUAACUACGCUUCUUAUGGUCACACUCGGCGUCAGAUUACCGCUGUUCCAGGGCGCGGCCAUUGAGUACUUAUCCCCCCUCCUGCUACUUGGCACAGUGGACUCGACUUUCUGUACGACCACACAGACGAACCCAAAGUGUCUUAUCGUUGAGCAGGCAGUUAACAAUGCAAGUGCUGUAAUAUCUGGAACAACAAUGGCAUCACUGGCUGACAAUGUCACAUCACCUGCGGAAUAUGACAAAAUCAUCAACGCUGUAUCAUCGCUACAAGGAUCUCUGAUGGUAGCGGGUGCCAUCCACACAUUUGUGGGCUUUACUGGGCUUGUAGGUGUCCUUCUCCGCUUCAUCGGGCCCAUGACUAUCAUCCCCGCAGUCCUGCUCAUUGGUCUCUUCAUGAUCAAGGCCACCGCUAAGUUUGUCUACGUCAACUGGAUUGUGGCUCUCAUUACAGCAUCUGUAACAUUGAUCCUGACCCUGUACCUCGGAAAGAAGAAGACACCCCUGCCAAACUGGAAUCGAAAGAAGGGUUUCCACAUCCUCUGGUACCCACUACACCAGGUGUUCGCUAUUCUGAUUGGUAUGUUUGUUGGGACGGUUGUAUGUGCAAUAUUCACCGCCAAGGACGUUAUUCCAUUUGACGAGUGUAACCCCCACUUCCGCACUCGGACGGACGCUCGUAUAGAUGUGCUGGAAAAGGCUAGCUGGUUCUAUUUUCCUUAUCCAGGACAGUUCGGGCCUAUAUCAUUUAGUUCGGGUGCAUUAGUUGGCUGCCUUCUGGCCACAAUGUUGUCCAUUCUGGACUCUGUGGGUGACUACUUUGCUUGCGCCCGGGCGUGCCAUGUGCCGCCCCCGCCACGGCAUGCCGUCAACCGUGGCCUUGGAGUAGAGGGACUGUGCACGUUUUUUGCGGGCGCGGUGGGCUGUGGGCAUGCAACAACUACCUAUGCAGGCAACAUUGGUGCUAUGGGCCUAACAAAGGUGGCCAGUCGGUGGGUGUUUGUGGCAGUUGGGAUCAUCUACAUGGUGAUCGGGAUCCUGGGGAAGGUCUCCGCUGUGUUUAUCAUGAUUCCUGAGCCCGUACUGGGCGGGGCUCUUCUCUCAAUCACUGCAGUAUUCAUUGGUGUGAUAUUAUCCAACCUGUCCGAGGUGUCCCUGUCCAGCACACGGAACCUGGCCAUCCUGGGACUGUCUAUCACCAUCGGCAUUAUGGUGCCACAUUUUAUCGAGGAACACCCGGAAAUCAUAGACACAGACAAUAUAGCCCUUAAGAAUUUCCUGAAGAUGUUCUUCGGUAAUGCCAACUUUGCAGGUGCUCUCUGUGCAUUCAUCUUGGAUAAUACAGUGCCUGGUACAAAGAAGGAGCGAGGAAUUCUAGCGUGGUCAAAGGCUCAGAAAAACCUCUCCAACGAGAAAUACCUUGAAAGCAGCGAUCUUUAUAAACCUUGGCUUCCAACGGAAAUGAGAAAAUCAAAAUGGUUGAAAUUCCUUCCCUUCCUUCCUGAGCCAGAACAGGACAUAUCAGCGGAGCCGAUAAACAGAAACAUUGACCAUGAGGAAAUUGAAAUUUUGUGAUGAAAGUUCAGAAGUAGAUGUGUGUUUACUUUUACAUCUAAAUUUUUCUUUGAUCUGAUAGCAUAUCAUUUUCAUGGACUGUUUCUCAUUUUUUAUUUCAGUUAUUAAAAUGGAAUUGUGUAUUGAUCCAAACAUUAUAUGUUUAUGAUGUUAUAUAUUUAUAGAUACCCAUUACAAUGUGAUCGGCAAUUUCAAUUUAAAUGUUAAUUGGAAGUAUUUCUUUUCUGUUUGUUUGAGAACUGAAAUAAUGUAAUACUGAUUGGGCGGAUUGUUCAGAGCUUUGUUAAAGUUAACAACGUUGUUAACAGCAUCGUUGUUAACUUUUAAAUGUGAAAUAUUCGCUGAUGUGCUCACAUAUUUAAACAGAACGAGAACAGCUUAUACAGUUGUCUCAAAUCUUGGUAGAGAGACAGCAGAUCACAAGUGUUUCUGUGAAACUUCCAGAGCAUUAACAAGAGAGUUAACAAGGUCUGAACAAAUGACAAAUGUGUUAUAAGGGACAUGCUCUAAGAUAAUGUGAUAUUUAAUACAAUGUGGUUUAUUCAGGUUUUGUAUUCAUUACAUGAUGGAUAGUCAUGUUAAUCUUUCAUACUCACCGUUUAAGGAGAUAAGCUUGGGAAGGCUCAUUUUUAGCUCCGCGAAAAUUCACCCGAAAAAAGUAUUGAAGUUUCGUGCUUGAAAUCUAUGUAAUGAUAAUAUAUGAGCCUUAUAUAACGUACUUAAAUAUACUAUGUGCCAAAUAUUAACAAUUUUGUUAACAUUGGAUGUUAACAAUAUUGUUAACGGCAUCCUUGUUAUCUUUUAAAGUUAAAAUACUUAAUGAGUUGCUCAUAUAUUUUCAUAAAACGAGCACAGCUUAUCUCAUUUUUUUUUUACUGCAGAUCACAAGUGUAUCUGAGCAAUUAAGAUUCAAAAGUUACCGGUAACAACAAUGAUGUUAACAACAUAGUUAACUUAAGAAAAGUUCUGGAGAAUCAACCCAUUGUGUUAUAUUUCAGCAAACAAUUUGGAAAUACUUGAUAAAAAUAGUUUAAGAAUGUGAAAAAAAUGGUGUUUUUUUCCAUUUUUUGCCUUUUUUCAAAAAUACAAUAGAAGUCAUAUUUUUCUAUGAAAAUUAUUUAAGUCACAUUGAAUGUGAAAAGCUAAAUGUCUGCAAAAUAUGAAUGCUGGUGAGAUGUAACCACUUGGAAUAAACAACAAUAAAUUUUUUCUAAAAUUCAUCAAAAGUUGCAAAAAUGCCACUAUUUUAAAAUCUGUAUCAAUUUUUCAUAAAAUAUGUCUUAAUUCAGUGGUGAAAUUUAGUAAAUUCCUUCAUAUUUUUGUUUGCUGAGAACUAUAGUUUAUUUCAACAAUUGUUUCAAACACCACAAUGGCUUCUUUUUGGGAUUGAGAAUAUGCAGGGCCAAAAAUGAGCUUUCAUGAACCUAUCUACCUCAUUUUACCAUUUUUCAUCAUGUUAACUAUACAUGUACAUGAAUUUGUGAUAUUAUUAAAACAUUCAAAUCUGUCACCAUGCUCUACUGCCACUUUGUAUGUAUAAAGAUAGGGACCUGUUAUUGUUGUUAAGCUUAUAAUGGUCUGCCUGCCCCUUAUAUUGGCUGCAUUAUGGAUUGACCCCGGCACAUAAUUUUAAGGCCAAAUGGGUAGUUUUAUUCCUAUUGGUUUGUGGGAUAUUCGCCAAAAGAGUAAUUUUGUAUCAAAAAUGCCAUGACCCUGUGAUAAAUGACAUCACGAGUGGUCCCAUAUCUCUGACUAUUGGAUAUGAUUUUAUUUCUUUAGUCUUAACUAGUUGUAAUUUAGAAAAUUUGAUAGUAAAUGUGUCUUAAAAUAUCAUUUAUUAAUGUAAGAAUGUUAAUUAAAAGGGGGAGCAAGCCUUGCGAUCAUUUCAUUGACUAGAAAGUGUUGUGAGAAAAGAUAGGGACCAGUUUUCAAUAUCAUUCUUUUCCUAAGUUAUGCCUCAGUGAUUCUAUUCAUUUUAUUGGCCAAUAAAAACACUCAGAUUUUACCCUUAAAUUUAAGAUUGAUCUAAGUUGUUUAUUGAAUAUGGAUUGAGGGGAGGUAAUUAAUGUUGUUCUAAUCUUUGUCCUUAGACACCCCUAAGUGAUUGGCCGGUUAUUUUGAUAGUCCAAUCAAAAUCACAUGAAUUCUGAUGUUAAAAGUAAGUGAAAUCUGAGGUGGCUCACACCCCAAUGUAUAAAUUUCCUAGUUUUUGCGUACAUAAUAGUAUUAUAAUGAUGAAUGCACUCUCACAAAUUAACAGUUUUGACCUUCUUUCAUUUUUUUUGUCUCAGAAUCGGCAGAUUUUGGCAUCAGUAUCUUCAAUUCAGUCAUAUAUGAUCACUUGCUAUAUAAUAGAUCUCACUUGUUUGGUAAACUGACGAAAAAUUCAUUUUUCUUUAAGUGUUACUAUAAACCCUUUUAGCCAUGAAACAUCAAUUUUCAAACAUAAAUAUGAAAACUGCGAUCUGCUCUUUUGCCAGCAGCCUUAUAUCCAGACAUCAACACAAACUGGCUUAUUCCAAGAAAAAAAGUUGUCAACAAAUUCUGUGAGAGUGCAGCUUUAAAUUAAAACAUUAAAAUAAAAGUGAAAUGGGUAAGAUUUAAAAAAGAAAAAAAAUUGAGAUGGGCCCCAGGUUAAAACAUAGUAAAACUGUUAAUUAAAUGUAUGUGUAAAACAGAAUGAUGUUAACUAAGACAUGUAAUUUUCUAGCUACGUGAAUGUUAAAAGUGUUGGGAGUUGUACAACAGGGUUGCUUCAUAAUACUGUCGUGUGUUCAACUUUUCAUGCAUUUAGAACUGGCAUGUCUAAGUUUUCAUGUGUUAAGAACUUGUAUGUUCAACUUUCCAUGUAUAGGAACUCGCUUGUUUAUUUUUUUUUAUGUAUUAAAAACUCGCGUGUUCAACUUUCCAUGUAUUAAGAACUGACAGGUUCAACUUUUCAUGUAUUAAGAUCUUGCAUGUUCACUUUUUAGCUCACCUUAGCCGUAGGCUGAGGGUGUGCUUUUAGGAUCGAUGAUUGUCCGUCGUCCGUUGUCCACACUUAGUUUGUUAACACUCUAGGGGUCACAUAUAUCUGGGGUCAAAAACUAGGUCACAGAGCCCAAAUAUGGAAAAUCCUUGUUAACACUAUCCAGACAAAAUUUUAAGCCUAAAUAUCCUGGAAAUUUGUCAGAAAGGUUGUUUCGAUGAUUUUUAGCUCAAGUUUGAAUAUGGUUACAGAGCCCAAAUAUGGAAAUACCUUGUUAACACUCUCAAGGUGACAAUUUCAUACAUCAGAGAAGCCAAAUCCCUGUUAUUGCCAUUUUAAUUAUCAACAAGUCUAUAGCACAAAGUUUAACUGAGGUGAGCGAUAUAGGGCCAUCUUGGCCCUCUUGUUUAUAUAUCAAGAACUUGCGUGUUCAAUUUUUCAAGUAUUAAGAACUCGCUUGUUCAACUUUUCAUGUAUCAAGAACUCAAGUGUUCAACUUUUCAUGUAUUAAUAUUGCAUGUUCAACUUUUCAUGUAUAAAGAACUCGCUUGUCCAACUUUUCAUGUAUCAAGAACUCAAGUGUUCAACCUUUCAUGUAUUAAUAUUGCAUGUUCAACUUUUCAUGUAUUAAGAACUGGCGAGUUCAACUUUUUUUGUGAAAAAACAUGCAUGUUCAACUUUUCAUGAAUAAACAACACACGUUUUCAGUUUUUCAUGUAUAAAGAACUCGCUUGUUAAACUUUUCAUGUAUUAAGAACUCAAGUGUUCAACUUUUCAUGUAUUAAGAACUCGCUUGUUCAACUUUUCAUGUAUUAAGAACUUGCUUGUUCAACUUUUCAUGUAUUAAGAACUGGCAAGUUCAACUUUAAAAAAAAAAAGAACAUGCAUGUUUAACUUUUCAUGUAUAAAGAACUCCCAUGUCGAACUUUUCAUGUAUAAAGAAACAUAUUUUCAACUUUUCAUGUAUUUAGAACUGGCAAGUUCAACUUUUUUUGUAAAAAGAACAUGCAUGUUUAACUUUUCAUGUAUAAAGAACUCCCAUGUCAAACUUUUCAUGUGUAAAGAACACAUAUAUUUAACUUUUCAUGUAUUAAGAACUCAAGUGUCCAACUUUUCAUGUAUAAAGAACUCCCAUGUCAAACUUUUCAUGUAUAAAGAACACAUAUUUUCAACUUUUCAUGUAUUUAGAACUGGCGAGUUCAACUUUUUUUUUUAAAAAGAACAUGUGUGUUUAACUUUUCAUGUAUAAAGAACUCCUAUGUCAAACUUUUCAUGUAUAAAGAACUCUCAUGUCGAACUUUUCAUGUAUCAAGAAACAUAUUUUCUACUUUUCAUGUAUAAAGAACUCGCUUGUUCAACUUUUCAUGUAUUAAGAACUGGCAAGUUCACCUUUUUUUUUUAAAAGAACAUGCGUAAUUAUGUUUUCAUGUAUAAAGAACUCCCAAAUUGUCAAACUUUUCAUGUAUUAAGUGCUUCCGUGCUCAAAUCUUCAAGCUUUGCAAACAUACAUUUACAUUCACACGGUUGUUAAACAUGGUAUAUCUUUCAUUAUUAUAACUCACGUGACCUGCCCAUGUUAAUUUCUCAUAUACCCAUCAUGGGCAAUUCCUUACUGUCACACUGACAGUACCGUUAUGACCGGUUGACAUUAUUACUGUCACAUUAUAGCACGUGCGUCUAAAAAUAGGCAGGUGGGGUUUCCCAAGUCUGAGGUGGUAAGCGCUUAUAAAAAUGUGUUGUAAAUCUGGUACCUUCCGGUGUUUGCAAUAUUUCCAAAGGACAUUUGCAGGAUAAUGUCAGCUAGUGUAAACAAACAGUUUGUGUCAGUUUCUGCAGAGGAAUACAAUACAUGUUGUGCAUUUUGUUACAUUUUCAGAUUUAUUGUUACAGAAACAAUUACAGAAUAAAAAUGAUUAAACUUGAAAGUUAUGUAAUGAUGAUUUUGUUAUAAAUAUAUAUAAAUGUAACUGUGUUUGGUAUAAUGAAAUAAAUAUUGCAUGGCUUCCAGCUUCGGCUUCGCCUCGGGUAACAGUAUUUCCCUCAUGUUGACAAUAUGUACCGUCACACUGGAAGCCAUGCAAUAUUUAUAUAAUACUGGUUAAUGGAAGCCAUUGUCAUGAAAUAUUUUUUUGUAAAUUGGUAAUCAAAAUUUCAUUCUUAUAUUUUUUAACCCCACUGUCAAAUCUCUGUAAAGAAAGCAUAGUUGUACAGUCAGUCAAAUGUAAUUUUGUGUAUACAAACUUUAAUCAGAUUAUUUUAAAACACUUAAUAAGGAAAAUCCUACGGUGACAACUUUAUCAAAGUUCCUUAAUUUAGAUUAUAUGCUUUCAGGUGGUAAAUAAAGAUUUAUCAGUGAAAUAAAAUUAAUAUUUCACUGUUUCAACACAAAAACGUGUUCUUAGGUCUUCUAUUCAAUUUUGGUUGAUACAAAAAAAAAAAAAAAAAUCGUAAAAAUAAAUACUAUGUGCUGUAAAUCUGUAUAACAAAUCAUAACUUAAAUGUAGCUUGAUGAUAGUUAUAAUUUACUCAGAAUCAAAUUAGACAUAGAUAUCAAUAAGAAUAAAAAAUAAUUACUGAACUCCAUUGUUUUAAAGCUGCACUCUCACAGAUUGACAGUUUUGACAUUUUUUUAGUUUUUGCCUCAGAAUCAGCGGAUUUUUGUAUCAGUGCCUUCAAGUCAGUCAUAUAAGAUCACUCACAAUAGAACAGAUCUGAAUUGUUGAGCAAAAGUGCCGAAAAUUUCAUAUCUUUUAAAGCCUGAAAUGUAGUAAAGCUUUUAACCAUAAAAUAUAAAAUUUCAAACAAAACUUUGAAAAUCUGUGAUCUGAACUUUUAUCAGCAUUCUUCUAUCACUGGUUCUUAGACAUUUAGGAAAAAAUUGCUAAAUCUAAUACAAAAAAUAAAGUCAUCAAAAUGGUCAAUCUAUGAGAGUACAGCAUCAAGGGAGUUGGCUAGUUUUUUAGUUGAGCAGUAGUUGCGAUAAAUUUGCUUUAAAUCAUUUAUUUUUAAUUGGUUGUUUUAUUUAUGUGUUUCUUUUACAGCAUGGAUAUUGUAGAAAUUUCACUCUGUCAUUAUGUUUUAUACAUGUAUGUGAAACAUUAAUUGUUCUUUUUUUAAUUCUUAGUUUUCCUUCUGGUCAGAUAUUUUACUUUAUAAAUAAAUGGUCUUCAAUUCCGCGUUUGUGUCAUACUCAUUAUACGUUUUUCUUUGCACAAUAUACAGUAUGUGUAUACUGUUUAUCAUUGUUUACUUGUGAUAAAUCACGCCAUAAAUGCUACACCUGAAGGCAACAUUUUAGCAGAUCCAUGGUCUAGUGGUAACACACUUGACUGUCAAUCCAGGGGUCACAGGUUUGAUACCCUGCCACAUCACUAAAAACAAAAUACUAAUUGUCAUCUGGGAGGGACAUGAAAUGGGAGGUCCUGUGUUAAAGUACUAUUCACUAGUGCAGGUUUAAAGAACCAGGGUAGCUCUAACCAGGUUUACAUUCUAUCUGUGCACUAUGCUCCAAAAACCUAAAAUGACUUGCAAUUUUAUUGGAGCACUCGCCAAAUGGGCAAGGCCGGAGUGCGAGUAUAUGUAAGCUAACAUACUCAACUUUUUGCCUCCAAUGGAAACAUAAAACAAUGAUUAUUUUUCAUAAAGAGCACCACCUUUGAUUUAUUACUGGAGAUUGAUUUGGCGACACAUUGACGACUCUAUUUCAAAAAUAAAGUUUUGACAAUGCUCCAUCAGGUGGCGGUUUUGUGAAAAUGUCUGUGGAAGCGUUUUAAGGAUCUAAACUCUGAAUCAAACUCUAUUUAAAUACCGAAGGCGGGGCUCUGUAAGCGGCGUAGACUGUGAAAUGUUUCAUUUAAAAUGGUGAAGAAAUAGUAAUGUUAUCUUUCUUUAAAGUCUUCAUUCAAAGCAAAAUAUUGCCUCCAGACAAAGCACUUACGACACAAUUUAUCACAUGGGAUUACACUGUUAUACACUGUACUACAUUUUUCAUUUGAAAAUGAUCACUUUUCUAAGAUCUGUCCACAGAUAGUCCUUAAAAACCUUUAUAUAUUUCUCAUCGUUGACAAUGAGCAUUUUAGAAAAUUGACUUCAGAUAGUAACUGUCUAAUUAAGAUGUUUUACUACCAGUUAUAUCUACCCUUGUUUACUUUUCUUUUAUGACAAAUUGUCCAUUAUUUUAUCUAACCAGAUUAGUUAUAUUACUGCAAGAUGCACUGGAAACAGUGAGAUUUGAGAUAUUCUCAAAAAAUAAAAUGCUGCAAAUGUU